GAGUUGUGUGUGGUUGUCAUGGGAAUUUGAAUUCAUUGCGUGGUGUACUUGAGUUGUUUCAACUCUUUCAAAGUCUUUUCGACUGUUUUCGUGUAUUUUUUGCAUUUUCAUUGAGCAGGUCAGACAAAGCAGGUCUUUUGUCUGAAACGAACAAACCACGACCGACGAGUACUUAUAGUCAAACCUUGCUACGACUCCUACGAAAGCAUACACAACGAGAUGGCGAGAGAUGCUUUGCGUUCUUCACCACCAUUCCCUUCUCCAGGUUCUUCUUUUCUUCCCCCGCCCACUCCAGGGCCACAUGAGUUCGCCCGCCCACCUUCAGCAGGCAGGAAAUUAUCAAAGAAAGACUUGAAUGAUUUGGCUGGCGUCGCUUCUCAUACCGCUGCCAAUGGCCAUACCUGCAAUGGUCAGGCUAAUCCAACCACACCCAACGGCGCGGAAUCACCACCGCCCAUUCCUACCACCGAUUCUUUCCCUGGAACUUACUUAGACCCCCGUUCUCUGGGCUUGCGAGAAGGUCCUUCUGCACCCGCAGAUCCACCCCCACCUCCCCAUAGACUCUUGAUCAAUCCAGAAUCUCACGAUGUAGAUGAUUCUAGAGUAUCACCACAGCCUCCACACCGCCUUAGCACGCAGUCUGUCACAUCACUCACAUCUUCCCGUCCUGCACCCCCCUCCCCAGCAAUCUCCCGCCGUGCCUCAGGCCUAUCCCGCACAUCCUCCAAAUCCCGUUCUCGCCCAGUCUCAGGCGUCAAUUCCCGCCCAGUCUCUAGUACAACUCGCCCCAUAUCAGGCGCACUCUCCCCCAAUGCAGUUCUUAGCCGCACCCCGAGUGGACGUCGUGCAAAAGAUGUCCUCGGUAUGUCAGCGGUCGUAGAGAAAGAGCCAGAACCCGCACCUGCAGACUCCAAAGUCCUUAUCAAAAUUCGCGACUUUGCAUUUGCACCUUCAGAUGUCCGGUUCUCAGGUGAAGGUCCAAACGUACCUCGCCCCAAUCGUCCCAAAGUUCUAGCCCGCCGUUUACGCGGGUCGUCCUCGUCGACGUCCUCAAUGACCUCCAAGUCGUCGACAGAAGAGGAAGACGAGCAAUGGGAGGACGAGAAUGAUAGUAAUGGUUGGGGAGGAUUCAAGUGGGGACUUCAGAAGUUGCAAUCUGGUUGGGGAUUCGCCUCAAGCUCCUCCUCUUCUACAGAGGAUUUUCCCUCUCGGACUGAUUUUGCAAGGAACUUUGGAAAUGGUGUUGGAGAUGAUGAUGAGAGUGAGGUGUAUGACGAGCCGGAUGAUUUCUUCGAGAACCAAGAGGAGAAUGAGGAGAUGGGAGAGCCCACAUUGCACCCUGGCCUAUACCGUGCGCUGUAUGCUUUCGAGCCAGAAGGAACGGCGGAGAUGAAGCUCGAGGAGGACCAAGUGGUCCGUGUCGUCGGACGAGGAGGCGGGGUCGGAUGGGCCGUAGUUGUGAAAGAUGGCCUCAAGGAUACAGGUGCGCAUGCUCUCGUACCGGAGAGUUAUCUCGAAGUCGUGAGACUCGAUGGGGAUGAAGAGGACUGAGUGUUCGUGCAGGCGCGGGCCACGUUGAUUAUCAUCCUAGUUCUCGCUUUCUUACGCUUACUAUUUCUGUUGUAUGUGGAACUCCGUCAUUUAUCUGCUGU